CGUUUUAAAACAACUGCGGCCACUGGUCGUAUCUCCGCCAUUGUUCAAUUCUCGAAGAUACUCCAACCAUAAAUCCUGGACGAAAACGAAGAUACUAAGCAAUAUCCACCCUUUUGAGUUCUCAACCACAGAAUUCGGAUUUCUAAUUCUGGUAAAAUUCUGCUAUGUUAAAAUUCACACACAUUCGCACAUUAUGUCGCAACCAACACCACCGAAGCAAUCCAAAUGUACUGAGAGCGAUAACCAGUUUCUUCCGGAAGAUUUUGACAAUAAACACACUCCCAGCUCUGGACUGAAACCAACUCAACAUGGGGUCGACUACCAGUUGCUUUUACUCUGUCUGUGCCUCUGGCGAGUUUUGAAAAACAAAAUCUCAGACUUCCUUUUAGCAACGGAACUACCAGAAGCGGCGAAAUUUGACGAUGUUGUUGUUAAGUACAAACACGAAGACACGACAGUCCUUCGUUUCCUGCAGGCCAAGCACAAGGAAGCACCCUGUCCAACUGAUUCAAUUCAUAAGAUCACCCUUACAGACUUACUCACUCCAGAUGAAGGCAAGGAAUUUAGCUUGUUGAAAUAUUUUCGGUCAUUCGUGAAGAUCCUGGAAAAACGUUCUCAAAAUCCAGUCCCCGCCUUUUUGGAGGGAGCAGACAUUCAGGAGUUCAUACUGUCAACAAACAUUGAUCUCGCUGAGGAAGUGGAACAAUAUUUUGAAGUGGAUCAGGAAGAUUCCUUAGAAGAAGACAAGGUAUUAGGAGUUCCAACUGGGCAAACCAGGAAACUCAAAAUAAAAGAAGCUGACAAUGAACUGACACGCCAACUGGAAAUUCUUUUCUACAUCUCCUCCGAUUUUAAUGAACUAGUCGAAAAACUCGCCGAUUGUUUGCUACUUCAACAAAGAUUCGACGGAAAUUCACGGAUUUUCAAAGAAUACUAUUAUCCUCUCGUGAAACAUGUGUUCGAAUUCGAAUCGAAUCAGGUGGCUAAACUUUCAGAUGGUUUCAAAGGGGCUAACAGUCAACGCACAGCCGAGGUGGAAGAAUUCAGGAAAGCAUUUAUAAAAGAGGUAGCAUUCCGGAUGAUAUUGAGGGAGAUAAAUAAGUCAACUUCAAAAGGAAACAGAUAUCCCCAAAGUGACACCAAUAGGAAGAGGAAGCUCCAUACAAAUGAUUCUCAACUUUCAACUGAAGAAUUGAAAGGACUCGUUGACCAAUCAAAGACUGCAGUCUAUUCAGCCCUGCGUCGAGAUGCGACUUUGCUCAACGAAGUAGUUGACGAUAAGACUAUGGAAAUUUGGGAUGAUUUCGUGAACGGCACUGAAAAAUUGAGCCGGAAAGCUCAGUUAUUCCGGAAGAGGCUGAUUGAUGAAGUGAUGGACAGACAUGAUGGAAACAUGACCGAAAUCGUGUUUAAUAAAGUAUCGGAUGUGACAUUCCCAGUCAGUAAAGGAUAUGCUAAUCGCUUUCAGCCUAAAAGUAACCCUAAAAUUGAAGACGUCCAAGUGUUUGUAGAGGACAUUGCAGAUUUGAUUGACAAGUGUACAGGUGACACUAUUGAAAUCACCGACGUGGUUGGAACUGAACAGUUCAGGAGAAACAUCAUCGAGUUAGCUGGCCACGCCAUAGUGAAAGUAUCCUCGCGAUUUCAAUUUAGUGGAAACUUUAUUAGAGAUCGUAGAGGUCGUUCACUGGCAAAUGGUCUAAUCGAAUUUCGGAAGGCGCUAUUUGAGCGGUUGAAGAAAAAAAAGUUCGACUGCAUCGAUAAAUAUAGUUUGAAUAUCAAACUAAAAGGUUUCACCAGUUGUGAAGAGGCCGCGCUGCAUACAACUCUUCCCAGUCCAGUAAAGAAGGAAUCUAUUGAGGACUUCUACGAAAAUUUCCGUUUGAUUGUGAGUUAUCCGAAUCGCUACGAACUUCGCCAACUACUAGAAGCUGAAGUCAAGGCUGAGAAUCAACUUUUGAACAGCAAAGCUUUUGUCGAUUCUUUUGUUCAACAAAUUUCUCAGUGGAUGACGGACCGACUUGGAACUUUCUAUACUCCGAAAAAGGCUGAAGAACUGUUAAGACGAAUAGAUGAAAAUCUAUCCUGUUACGAGUUAGAUGGAAUAAAUCAGUCCUUCUACUUGGCCUUGCCUACCAAAUACAAGUUCAAAUGUGAGGACCUUAUGACAUUAGUUAAGGAUUUUCUAGAACAAACUCAGUCGAGUGUUCUGUUGCUUCGUUCUGAAAAUUUGACUCUAUGUUGCGUUCGAUUAAUGCAGGCAUUUUGGAGUCUACAGAAGAAGGAUGCAAAUGGUGAACUACCGUCUUAUUUACGUCGGUUCGGCUAUCUUUUUAUGACAAUUAAGCAUUUGUUAGAUGAGUCGUUUUCCGGAAAACUAGGCAAAAGAAAUCAGGAUAAGGAUCAGUGGAAUCUAAGGGUGGUGGAAUGUUGGACUGAAAACUUACCUGGGGCUGCGAAAUUUGAAACAGUGCUGAAUUUACUCUUCGAAAGUUCAGAUUCACCUUCGGUAGCAAGGAAAGUUAUUUUCAUUGUGAAGGAAGAUAUGUCACGGAAGCUAGAAUCAGCACUGGGUUCCUAUUUUACAAAACAAGGAAAUACACAUAUUAAACCCUCUACAUUUGAGUUGAAGACAACUUUCAGUCAACUGGAAGCGCCCUCACAGGAUGAGCUGUUGAAGAGAGGGCAGGUCAAAUUGAACGGCCACGAUUGCCAAUUAGGGAACAUAGUUAACCAGGACACCGGAGAUCUAAUUGAUGAGACAGCAUUGGCCAAGCUGAUUACAGAAUGUAAUGAUGAUACUGGUAUAGUUUGCAUUGGGAGCACAACUCAGCAAUUCGAGGGUAUCUUUGACCCUGACUGCUAUAUAAUGCGUGAUAUAGCGCCAGUCGUUAUUGGUACUGCAUCUUAUAAAAGGGAAGAAGAUACUGAAGGUAGCAGCUACUAUCUAUCUAAAAAGGAAGGAGAAAAGGAUCUCCUAAUAGUCGCUCAUUCAAGAAGCGAAUUUGAUAAAAUAAGAACCCGUCUAAAGGAGAAUCAAAAAUAUUCUCCCCCGGAACCUAUCCACUGGGUUCAGAAACAUUCUAGUUCAUGGAGAGAAACAGAUUUCAUAUGGCGCGAUUCUAUCGGAUCGAUUUCCAGCUUGAACAAACAUCGAAAAAGGGAUACAGAUGAUUAUUUACUUAGAGAACAAAAGUUCUUGGAGUCUGUGAGGGAUAGGAAAAUUGUCGUUCUGCAGGGAGUUCCAGGUAUGGGUAAAUCGAUGCUACUUCGAAACUUUUUCAUUCAAAUGACGGAUAAUUCUCAACUUCUCUGGAAAAUAUAUAUCAAGCUGAACCUUUACACUGACUUUUUGGACAAAAGACAAAAUUUUUUCAAGGAAAAGCAAAAUGAAGCCGGGGAUCGAGUCGAUACGGAGACGCCAUCGUCUAAGUGUAGCGAAUUUUUGUUUGAAUUACUUCAGUCUACCGAACACUCCAAGCUCAAAACACAAUUCGAGAUUAACCUCUUGCAUUCAGCGUUCAAAAGCGAAGCGGAUACGACGCCAAUUACUAGGAAAAUGAAACUAGUGUUAUUCAUGGAUGGAUUUGAUGAAAUCAGCCCCGAUUAUAAGGAAAUUGUGUUAAGCUUCCUACGGUUAUGGAAGGCCUGUUCCCAUGCUUCUCAAAUAUUCAUCACUACACGGCCUAGCUAUCGUGAGUAUCUUGAGCGAAAAUUACAAACUUUUAGUUUCGAGUUGCGUGGCUUGACUUGGGAUGACCAAAAGUCUUUGCUCAUAAAAUUAAUAAGGAAGUCAAAGAUCCAAAUAAACGCGUUUUCUUUGAUGAUCGAACCCAUUGUCUGCAAUGAGGUUCCACUUCACCUAAAAAUGUUCGUUGAUAUUUUGGCAUGCACGGAUCAAAAGCAAAUUCAACAGAGCGUCAACGAUGAUGACCUCUCUACACUUUAUGAGGCGUACGUUAAAAGGAAAUACGAGUUAUAUCAGGAGGAAAAGAUGCUCACCGAUUUGACGAAUGUAGCUUCUAAGCAAGAAUUCCAGUACGCAUAUAAUAUUUUCCUAAAUAACCAUACGAAUUUGGCCCUCUGGGCGCUUUUUUCGGAGAAGAAUCUUAAGAGAAUUGUAAGUUCAUUCGAGAAAUUUAAGGAGAACGUCUGUAGUCUCCUGGAAGACAUUGAGGCGGGCAAGUUUAAAUAUGGAAUCGUGCAUGGUGUUUCCUAUGGGAAACCCGAGUUCGUCCAUCGCACAUUCGCGGAGUAUUUAGCAGCUCGGUUUUUCAUUUCCCAGAUUAAAUCAAACAAUAAAUUGGAACAAGGCUUCCUGGAUUUUUUCAUAUUAAUCUUGACUGAAUCCUCUUAUGAAGUAAGAAGGUUUUACAAUGGGAUGAUCGGAAAGAUACACUGGAAUUAUGGUCAUUUCAAAAAUAUGAAACCAUCUCAUAUUGCAGAGAGUCUCAUUUGCUUCUACAAUUACGACCUUUGGGGAUUGUUUUCGUUUUUUGGAAAAAUUUUCAAAACUUACUGUCCCGAAGAUGUAUACGCGGACCGAUUUCGGAUAAGAAACUCCGUACGUCCAGAUGAGGAUUUGACUUGGGAAAUGGCUUUUACCUAUCUACUUGAUUCUUGUUUGUUAAGUGAAACCAAUUUGGUCCUUCUUCAUUUCUUGAUGAAGUGGAGAACCGCAAGCGUUUUUAGGAGUUUACCACCACAUGAUUACCCUGUGGGAAAUGAAUACAAAGUAGAAUAUGACCCUAAAUCUGAACGCUUGGAAUUCAUAUUUGAUGGAAAGCGUAAAUUCUUACCAGCCUGGUUAAUACAGCAGGAAGGCUUCACUAUCUGUGAUUAUUAUAAAAAUUUGAAAAUGAAUGCUGUAUCUAUAACACUCAACAUAACAUAAUCACAGAACAAAAUGUAUUAUAUUUUUAUAUUUAAUAUAAACGUGAUGGAACAAA